GCUCGGCUUUGCCGCGCUCCGUGCACUUGGGCGAGAGCUGUAGCGGAGAGAGGAGCUCAGAGUCUAGCGCAGCCACCGCGAUGAGAGGCGCUCGCGGCGCCUGGGAUCUGCUCUGCGUCCUGUUGGUCCUGCUCCGUGGCCAGACAGCAACUUCCCAGCCAUCUGCGAGUCCAGGGGAGCCGUCUCCACCAUCCAUCCAUCCAGCACAAUCUGAGUUAAUAACUGAUGCUGGCGACACCAUCAAGCUGACGUGCGUGGAUCCUGACUUCGUCAAAUGGACUUUCGAGAACUUGGAUGGAAUGAUUGAGAAUAAGCACAAGGAAUGGAUUCGGAAGAAUGCUGAGGUCUCUCACACGGGCAGAUACACAUGCAUCAACCGCAGCGGCCUCAGGAGCUCUAUUUAUGUGUUCGUAAGAGAUCCCGCUGUACUUUUCCUGGUUGACCCUUCCUUGUUUGGCAAAGAAGACAGUGACGCGCUGGUCCGAUGCCCUCUGACAGACCCACAGGUGUCCAAUUAUUCCCUCGCUGAGUGCGAUGGGAAAUCUCUCCCCACGGACCUGAUGUUUGUCCCAAACCCCAAGGCUGGCAUCACCAUCAAAAACGUGAAGCGUGCCUACCACCGGCUGUGUGUCCGGUGUACUGCCCAGCGUGAGGGCAAAUGGAUUCGGUCCGACAAAUUCACACUCAAAGUGAGAGCAGCCAUCAAGGCUAUCCCAGUUGUGUCCGUGUCCGAAACAAGUCAUCUCCUUAAGGAAGGGGACACAUUUACGGUGGUGUGCACCAUAAAAGAUGUGUCCACUUUCGUGGGCUCCAUGUGGAUUAAGGUGAACCCUCAGCCCCAGAGCAAAGCCCAGGUAAAGCGCAAUAGCUGGCACCGGGGCGACUUCAAUUACGAACGCCAGGAGACGCUGACGAUCAGCUCCGUAAGAGUUAACGAUUCUGGAGUGUUCAUGUGUUAUGCCAAUAAUACUUUUGGAUCAGCAAAUGUCACAACAACCUUGAAAGUAGUAGAAAAGGGAUUCAUCAACAUCCUCCCCGUGAAGAACACUACGGUAUUUGUAACCGAUGGAGAAAACGUAGAUUUGGUGGUUGAAUACCAGGCUUACCCUCAGCCUGAGCACCAGCAGUGGAUCUACAUGAAUAGGACCUCUACUAACAAAGGGGAGGCUUCCGUCAAAUCUGACAACAAAAGUAACAUCAGAUAUGUGAACGAACUUCACCUGACCAGAUUGAAAGGCACAGAAGGAGGCACUUACACCUUUCUGGUGUCCAACUCUGAUGUCAGUGCUUCCGUGACAUUUAAUGUUUAUGUGAACACAAAACCAGAAAUCCUGACGUAUGACAGGCUCACCAAUGGCCUGCUCCAGUGUGUGGCGGCGGGAUUCCCGGAGCCCACAAUAGAUUGGUAUUUUUGUACAGGGGCAGAGCAAAGGUGUACUGUUCCUGUCCCACCAGUGGACGUACAGAUCCAGAACGUAUCUGUGUCGCCAUUUGGAAAACUGGUGGUUCAGAGUUCCAUAGACUCCAGCGUCUUCCGGCACAACGGCACGGUGGAGUGUAAGGCCUCCAACGAUGUAGGCAGGAGUUCCGCCUUCUUUAACUUUGCAUUUAAAGGUAACAACAAAGAGCAAAUCCAGGCCCACACUCUGUUCACGCCGCUGCUCAUUGGCUUUGUGGUCACAGCUGGUGUAAUGGGGAUCUUCGUGAUGGUUCUCGCCUACAAAUAUUUGCAGAAACCCAUGUAUGAAGUACAAUGGAAGGUUGUCGAGGAGAUAAAUGGAAACAAUUAUGUUUACAUAGACCCGACACAGCUUCCUUAUGACCACAAAUGGGAGUUUCCCAGAAACAGGCUGAGUUUUGGAAAGACGUUGGGUGCCGGUGCCUUUGGGAAGGUCGUUGAAGCCACUGCGUAUGGCUUGAUUAAGUCGGAUGCUGCCAUGACGGUUGCUGUGAAGAUGCUCAAACCAAGUGCCCAUUUAACGGAAAGGGAGGCCCUUAUGUCAGAACUGAAGGUCCUGAGCUACCUGGGCAAUCACAUGAAUAUUGUGAACCUCCUUGGAGCCUGCACCGUGGGAGGGCCCACCCUGGUCAUUACAGAAUAUUGUUGCUAUGGUGAUCUUUUGAAUUUUUUGAGACGAAAACGUGAUUCGUUUAUUUUCUCAAAGCAUGAAGAACAGGCAGAAGCGGCACUUUAUAAGAACCUUCUGCAUUCAAAGGAGUCUUCCUGUGACAGUUCAAAUGAGUAUAUGGACAUGAAGCCUGGAGUCUCCUAUGUGGUGCCAACCAAGACGGACAAGCGGAGAUCCACAAGAAUAGACUCAUACAUAGAAAGAGACGUGACUCCUGCCAUCAUGGAAGAUGAUGAGCUGGCUCUGGACCUGGAAGAUUUGCUGAGCUUUUCCUACCAGGUGGCCAAGGGCAUGGCGUUCCUCGCCUCCAAGAACUGUAUUCACAGAGACUUGGCAGCCAGGAAUAUCCUCCUGACUCACGGGCGGAUCACAAAGAUUUGCGAUUUCGGUCUAGCCAGAGACAUCAGGAAUGAUUCAAAUUACGUGGUCAAAGGAAAUGCACGACUGCCUGUGAAGUGGAUGGCACCAGAAAGCAUUUUCAACUGCGUGUACACAUUUGAAAGUGAUGUCUGGUCCUAUGGGAUUUUCCUCUGGGAGCUAUUCUCUUUAGGAAGCAGCCCCUACCCAGGGAUGCAGGUGGAUUCCAAGUUUUACAAGAUGAUCAAGGAAGGCUUCCGGAUGCUCAGCCCAGAGCAUGCGCCCGCCGAAAUGUAUGACGUCAUGAAGACUUGCUGGGACGCUGACCCCCUGAAAAGGCCGACAUUCAAGCAGGUUGUUCAGCUCAUUGAGAAGCAGAUCUCAGACAGCACCAAGCAUAUUUACUCCAACUUAGCAAACUGCAACCCCAACCCAGAGAACCCCGUGGUGGUGGACCAUUCCGUGAGGGUCAACUCUGUCGGCAGCAGCGCCUCUUCCACACAGCCUCUGCUCGUACACCAAGAUGCCUGAGCAGAAACCGAGUCCAAUAGGCUUUGCUGCUGUCUCGCCCCGGUUCUUCUGGCUUCUAUGAUGGUUAUUUUGUUUUCCUUUGACUUGCAUACUACCCCCCCCAGGGUAGUGGGUUCCUCACUGCACCCCACCCCCACCCCACUGUGAUUCAGCCUUUAUGAGCACACUUUAGUGGCUGAUGACCUUUCCUUUUUGCUAUCAGCCACCGUCCCACUGCGAAGGUCCGAACUCUGUGUAUAUACAUUCCCAAUAGCAAAGUAGCUCCUACUGUAAACAGAAGGACUCCUGCUUUAGAGGAGGAAGGGUAGAGUGGAACAGGAUGCCCAGAGUUCCUCCCGGGGCUCCUCUAAGGGUGUUUGGAAAGUAUGGCCAGUAGUUAAUUUGAAGAAUAGAAGUAGUCCCAUUGGCCCUGAGAGCCUUCCAUAAGGAUGGGAGAUGUAUGUAGCAAGACUAGAAAGGGAAUCCCAAGCCCUUUGUGUGGAAAGCAGACCAUUAUUAGAACAGAGGGCGCGUGCGCACAUCUGGGCGUCAGAAGUCUGGUCACACUGAGAAGACCGAGGCUGUGAAGGAACCAGCCCUGGAGGCAUAAACAAAGAUGCUCUGCUCUGGGCUGGCCCUCGCGCACGCACGCACACAUGCAUGCGGGCUUUUGUACAACUGACCUGGUUUUUAAAUAGUUUGCUGUCAGGGAGUAGAAUUGGAGACAAGGCCUCCUCCCUAGCCAGCAUUUGUAUAUAUUCAUCUAUACGUUGUAUGUGUUCAUACUUUGGAGGAGGGAUUUCCCACAAGCUUUAGUUUCUGUGUACAGCCCUGGCAUCAGGUCUGCUGUGUGUAAGAAUAGAUUAAGAGCCAUACAGAUUUGAAGGAAAACAGUUAAUGUUUUUGUUUUUGUUUUU